UAAUAUGUGUGUGUGUUGUGUAAAUUUAUCACUUGUUUUUUUUUUCCAAGAUUUUCAUUUGGGUGCAUUUGAUUACAAAAUGUGUUGUCUUUUUAUUCAUUCAUUUGUGUUUUGUAUAAGAAAAUCACUUGUUGAUCAAAGGAUCAGCUUAUACAUGAACACAUUGGGAUAAAAAUGGAGUCUUAAAGCUGCUUUACAGUGUUGAAUGUGUGUAUAAAUUUAUCACUUGGGAUCUUUUUUUCUUCUUCAAGAUUAUUAUUUGGGUGCAUUUAAUUACAGAUGUUUUGUCUUUGUUUUUCUUCAUUUGUGUUUUGUAUGUAUAGAGGCUGGAGGUAAUAAUAAAAUAAGUUUUUGAUUAAAGGAUCAGCUUAUACAUGAUCAAGACAUUGGGAUAAAAAUGGAGUCUUUAAGCUGCUUUACAGUGUUAAAUAUAUGUGAGUUUAAAUAUAUAUAUGUGUGUGUGUGUGUGUGUGUGAUGUGUAAAUUUAUCACUUGGGACCCUUUUUUCUUUUCCAAGAUUUUCGUUUGGGUGUGUUUGAUUACAGAUGUUUGAUACUUUUUCAUUCAUUUCUCAUUUUGUAUAGAGGCUGGAGGUAAGAAAAUCACUUUUUUGAUCAAAGGAUCAGCUUAUACACAUGACACAUUGGGAUAAAAAUGGAGUCUUUAAGCUGCUUUACAGUGUUAAAUGUGUGUGUGUGUGUGUAUAAAUUUAUCACUUGGGAUCUUUUUUUUUUCCCAAGAUUUUCAUUUGGGUCCAUUUGAUUACAGAUGUUUUGUCUUUUGUAUAGAGACUUGAGGAAAGAAAAUCAAUAUUUGAUCAAAGGAUCAGCUUAUACACAUGUUACAUUGGGAUAAAAAUGGAGUCUUUUAAGCUGCUUUACAGUGUUAAAUAUAUGUGUGUGUGUGUGUAAAUUUAUCACUUGGGGUCCUUUUUUCUUUUCCAAGAUUUUCAUUAGGGUGCAUUUGAUACAGAUGUUUUGUCUUUUUGUUCAUUCAUUUGUCUUUUGUAUAGAAGCUGGAGGUAAGAAAAAUCACUUUUUCAUGGAAGGAUCAGCUUAUACAUGAACACAUUGGGAUAAAAAUGGAGUCUUUAAGCUAUUUUGUGUGUGCAAAUUUAUCACUUGGGAUCUUUUUCUCUUCAAGGUUUUUAUUUGGGGUGCAUUUCAUUAAGUUUCUCUUUAUAUAGAGGCUGAGAAUAAUAUAGAAUAACUUUUUGAUCAAAAGAUCAGAUAUGUGUGUGUGUGUGUGUGUGUGAAUUUAUCACUUGGGGUCCUUUUUUUUUUUUUUUGAUUUUCAUUUGGUUGCAUUUUAUUACAGAUGUUUUGUCCUUUUUUUUAUUUUAUUAUGUUUGGUAUAGAAGCUGAAGGUAAAGAUGAACACAUUGGGAUAAAAAUGGAGUCUUUAAGUUGCUUUACUGUGUUAAAUAUGUGUUGUGUUUGAUUCCUUUUCAUUCAUAUCUCAUUUUGUAUAGAAGCUGAAGAUAAGAAAUUCAUUUUUUUUUUAAUCAAAGUAUCAGCUUAUACAAGAACAAAUUGAGAUAAAAAUGAGUCUUUAAGCUGCUUUUCAUUUGUUUUCAGUGCUUGUAGUUUUGUCAUCUGAGAUGUAAAUUUGUUGUUUGGAUCCAUCUUUUUAUGUUUAUCAUAUUUGUAGCUAUCCCAUUGACUUGUCUCCCUUUCCUCUCAUUAUCAGUUAUUCUUAAAGAUUAAGAAAGAAUAUAAUGAGAAUUUAGAAAUGAAUACACCCAUAGUUCUAAUUUGAAUAUUUCAGAGGAGAUGGAUGUAUUCAAUAUUUGAGAAGUUUAUAUUUGUCUUUAAUAGACAGCAACUAAUUCUUUAUACUUUGUUCUGCUUUCAGUGAUUCAAAGCUGAAAAAGAAGUUUCAUUUGCCUAUCUACAUCGAUCUUUGAAAAAUUCUUCAAGAGUUUAUACCGUUAUGUACAGAUCAUUUGUCACUUGUGAUGAUCCCAAAGGGGUUAUUGAAGGUAAGACAAUUAAAAAAUCCAAGAUUGACCCUCGAAAUAUCGAAGGUCUUAAGGUUGAAAAACAAAAGGAUUCAAAGGAUGUUGCAAAAGACUUGUUGAAAGGAGCUUUUAAUUUACAAGAGUCUUUAGUGAUGCUGGGAAAAUUGCAAGAAGCUUCAGAGUAUAUGACAAAGUUGAGGACCAAAUCUGAACGUGUUGCAGAUCACAGGUAUAAUAAGUUGGAGUUUGAAAAGCCAAGACUUUCUGUUGAUCGUUCUCGCGAUUGUUAUGAUGAGCUAAGGGAAGUAAUAAGAGAUAGCCUUGCUAGGCAAAAUCUGUUGCCACCAUGUUGUGCUUCAGAAAAGGCUCGUAUCGAUAGAAGAAAAGUAGAUGUGUCUCAAGAUUUCCCCUCUACUAGCUUCACUAGCACGAGUGAGUCAUCGAUAGAAAAGGCUCGUGUUGUUGAUGGGAGAAAACUGGUUAUGUCACCCGAGUUCCCGUCCAGUAGCUCAAGCCAAUUUGCUUCUUUUGGCUGUUCUCCAGCCAAGAUUCAAAAGGAGAAGCCGAAAGUGCCAAAUUUGAUUGCAAGGCUAAUGGGACUUGAAGAGAUUCCUUCGACACCCUUGCAUCAGAAACAAUUAGAGAAGGACAAGAUUUUUAAGCAGAGAAUUUCUAUAUUUGAAUUAGAUUUACCAAAAGCAAAGAGGCUGCCCGAGGCAGAUCCAAAACAGAGAACAUUGGACGGAAUAAUUGAAACCAUGCAAUUCAAAGGCCUUUUGAAAAGCAAAUCUAGUGAUGUGAUCUCUCAUCAAUCUAGUGUUUCUCAUUUCAUGAAGAAUUCUGCUGAUGAUGCCCCUUCUAUUGUGAUCAUGAAGCCCAUGUACGCUCCUGAAUUUCAGGCAGAACGGUUUUCUACUUCCAUCGGUGAUGAAAAUCCUCCAGAUACUAAAGAUUCAUUUGGAAAAUGGAACUUAAAUGAAGAGAAUUUACCUGUGAAUUUCACUAUGUACCGAAAAUUGCAUACACGAAAAGUUGAUAAGUCUAGCUUCAGCCGAGAAAAAGGAUCCAACGACCAUCGUGUAGCACCUGCAGGUCAGAAGGCUAUUGAAGUUUCCAUUCAAGGAAAACUUCCUUCUACAAAGAAUAGAGCUUCUUGUGCUGGAAAGAUUAAGCAAACAAAGAAAGAAGUGAUAGAAAAAGGGGUUGAGAGAACUCAACGAGCUCCUGGUGCGAAGAAAUCUGUAGAAAUGAAAAAUGCUGAACUCAAUGACACCACUAAAUCUCAGGGUCAAAGUAAGAGGACCACUGCUAAAGUGAGGAAACCUGAGAAAAAGUCGAAUGCACCAGAAAAAGUUGCUGCAACUUCAAAUAGCAAUAUCUCAAAGAGCAUCACAGCCGUUGCAUCUCAUAACUCCACAAAAAGGAAAAAGAAUGUCAAAACUGACAAGUCAGUCAGGAGUUCCUCCAUUGUUCCUAUGGUUGAGAAUAUGGAACAACAGGAUGACAACAUCCAGAUUGUGCACACAGUCCAACGAGACAGUGUUAUAACCAUCACUGAAGUUACAUUCUCAGAAGGGCUUCCCUGUGAAGAAGUGAAAGAAAUCAUUGAAAGUGUUGCCAUUGAUAAUCUUAAGAAUGAUGAAAGUUCUGCUGCUGAAUCUGCCAUGCCAUCUAUCCAGUGUGUCAAUGACAUCCCACUAAUGGAGCACAUUAGCUAUCAAGGCAAUCUAGAUUCAACUGAAAAUGAAAACCUCAAAUCUAGAGCCACUACAAGACACAUACUGUUGAGCAGCGAAGCAUUCCUCAGUCGAGCAGAGGAGCUUUUCGAUACUGAUGCAUGGGAACCAACAUUAUGGCAGACAAUUAGUCUAGACAAUGAAAUUUCUAACAGCAAACUUGUACUGGAAUGUGCAAAUGAAUUGUUAGAAAACAAAAGGUCUCAUGCCCUGGAAAUAUCAAAAAACCCCGUUAACGAGUCAAGAGUCUCCAUCUCCUUCGACAAGUUGGUGACUGAAAUAUGUGACUCGAUUGAUGUCUUCAAAAAUUGCACUAAGGUUGAUGGAAAUAGCCUUUCAGUCGAUACUCUUUAUGCCUUGCAUGAAAGAGAUAUAUGGUGCAAUGGAAUGGUUAGUACAACAUGGGAUCUUGGUUGGAGAAAUGCAUUUACUUUGGAUGAAGUUGAACAAAUUGUGACCUACAUUGAGAAGCAUCUUUUGAACGGAAUUAUUGACGAUGUAUUUACGGAGUUCACACUAUAGUUAUUGCAUAUAUUCAAAGGCGGAGCCACAAUUUGAAGUUUAUGGGCUUUGAUGACCAUUUCUCAAUAUAUAUAAAGGAUCAGGGUCAAAGUUACUGAGUUUUGCCGAACCCGCAACGUAUAUUGUGGCUCUGCCACUGUAUAUAUUCAGGUUGACUUACAUAAUGUGUUUAAAAAAAAAAAAAAAAAAAAACACUCUUAUAAGUACAAAAUUACAGAAUAACACAAAGCUGAAUGGCUCUAAUAAUAUUGUUGCUGAUUGCUGAAUAGA